CUGCACGGUGAGAGACUUGGGUGGUGGUCGCCCCAACGAUACGACAAGAGGAAGCGAAUGAGGGCUUUGGUCAAUGGCGCAGUGGACGACGCGCGAACGAGGAUACUCCUUGACACUGGAGCGAAUGUUAGCGUGAUUUCUGCCAGCGUCGCCAAGCGGAUACGUGUGCGAGAAGUCCGGGGCCACGGACGAAGUCUCGAAGUCCGCGGCAUCAACCCAGGGGUGAUGGAGACCCGGCGACGGGCGCUCGUCAAGAUCACCCUCGGGUGGGAGCAGGUCUACGAAUUUGAAAUGUGGAUAAUGGAUCACAGUGCCGGGGUGGAUGUGGUCCUUGGGAUGGACUUCAUGAUCCCGGCUGGAAUCCGGCUGGAUCUAUUUCAUGGCACCGCACGCCUUACGGACGAGGUCAUGGUACCACUGCUUAACCUUCGUGUGGGCCGAUCGAGGAUUUAUACGUACCCGGUCGCGAGUGGCGAGAGUUUCGACUUCCGCGGCCAGCGGCUACCUCGUUCGGAGUACGAUGUGUGGGUACGACGCACGGGCAAGCUCGUGCCGACGGUAACGAGGUUUCGACGGGGGCAGCGGACGUGGAUACGGCUCACCAAUAUUACGACCACAGUGGCACAGUGCGCCAAGCAUGACUCCGUGGUGCUGUGGGUACCGCAUGGCGAACUACCGCGAGAGACCGGCUACGCGAGGUUGGACUCUAACAAGUACAAAGUGUGGCAGGUGUUGGCCUAUUCAACGAGUCGUGAUGAGACUCUGCAAGGACGAGAACGUCGUCUCUACGAGCAAUGGUUGGCUGAACAGCCGCCUGCGGUCGAGCGCUGA